AUGGACAUCGAUCGAAGCGAUGAGGUCGAGAAGUACGACGACGUCGAAGCGGGAACCCCCAGUGACGAUUACGAGAAGGGUGCUCAACCACAAUCAGGAACUUCUCCUCCCUCCGUGACCAUUUCCGAGGCUAUACUGUAUGAUGACCCAUUCGCAUUCCCAGUCUGGAAAAAAUGGAUGAUCACCGUCCUGCUCGCCAAUUUGACCCUCACGGCCACAUUUAACAGCUCCGUUUUCUCAUCCUCCAUUUCCGUCACCGCGAUAGAGUUUCAUACUAAUGAGACUAUUACCCUCCUCGGUGUCUCACUUUAUGUAAUCGGCUUUGCCCUUGGACCACUACUUUGGGGUCCAUUAUCCGAAGUCCUGGGCCGCAAACCACCCCUUUUCACCGGAUAUCUACUGUUCUCGAUUAUGCAGAUACCUACCGCACUCGCAAACAAUCUUCCCGCCAUUCUUGUUUGUCGAUGGCUCGCUGGAUGCUUCUCUGCGGCACCAAUAGUCAUUGUCAGCGCCACGUAUGCGGAUUUCUGGGGCCCAACUGAAAGAGGAACCGCAACGGCUGUCUAUGGCGCCUCAGCCUUUGCUGGACCGACAUUGGGACCAAUCAUUGGGUCUUUUAUAACCGAAAGCUCUCUUGGAUGGAGGUGGACGGCUUGGAUCACGCUGAUCAUGGCCGGGCUGUUCGGUAUACCUGCAUUCCUGCUUGUGCCCGAGACGUAUGCGCCUGUGUUGAAGGAAAAAGCGGCUAGGAAACUCCAUAAGAGCCAUGUCGAGGCCGGCACCAGGGAGCUAGGUACUGAAUUGAAAAAGAACCCGUUCGAUGACUUCAUACGGAAGUUCCUAAGCAAGCCUAUGAAAAUGCUAGUUACUGAGCCGAUGCUUUUGGUAAUGACAAUUUAUAUUUCUAUUGUCUACGCCACAAUGUACCUUACCUUCUUCGCAAUCCCGUAUACGUUCGUAGCGAUUCGCGGCUGGUCCCGCUCCAUUUCGUCCCUCCCUUUCCUCUCGUUGCUCAUCGGCAUCUUGACAGGCUGCCUAGUCCUCAGCAUCUACUCGAAGAAGUACUACCUCCCUCGAUUUCUAGCGCGCAAGUCCGUUCUUCCAGAGGAUCGUCUCCCGCCUAUCAUGCUCGGUAGCAUAUUCCUCCCCGCUGGGCUUUUCUGGCUAGCAUGGACCUCCGACAAAGAUGUGUCAUGGGUCCCUCAAGUUAUAUCACUUUUCUUCGUCGGAGCGGGGAUCCAGCUCAUAUUCUCCAAUGGGAUCGUGUUUGUCAUUGAUAUUUAUCUGUCGUCUUCGGCGAGUGCUCUAGCGGCAAACACCUGUAUCAGGAGUGCGGUGGCCGCUGGACUUCCGCUUGCGGCUCCGAGAAUGUAUAAAACGCUGGGUGUCAAGUGGGCUACGACUCUUAUUGGAUUUCUUUGUCUGGCGUGUAUGCCGGCGCCGUUUCUCUUUUACAGGUUUGGGGAGCGGUUGCGGCGGAGGUCGAGGUUUGCGCCUACGAAAUGA